AGUGAAUUGUGUCUUCGUUAAGGGCUUGUGAACUAACUAUCUGGUAUCCUGGAGUGACGUGUAUCUCCAUUAGUGGCUAAACAAACGAAGAAAUGUCAACUCACUUAUUCAUUUUAAGUGUCGAAUCUCCAUUAGGGGGAUAAACAAGGAUGGAACUAUCAACUGACUGCCUGACGUCCUUACAGAUACGAGUAACUCACCAAACAUACCACCAUACGUACCAAGGGAGCCUCACGCCUCCCCACAGCCACCUGAGGAGAAUAUAACAGAGGGAGUGACAAACAGCAUCGCCACCACCGCCGCCAUGCCUCCUCUCGCCGAGACAGAGACAGAGAAAGAAAAGGAGGAGGAAUGCGGAAAAUGUGAGUGUGGCGAGCUGCCCAUCACGGUGACUGGGCUGAGGAUAAUCAAUGGGGAAGAUGCAUCACCUGGGGAGUUUCCUUUCCAUGUGAGGGUGCUGACUAUGAUAGGUAACCUUAUGAACACCUGCGGCGGCUCCAUCAUCAAGAAGCAAUGGGUGCUGACCGCUGCCCACUGCUUCAUCGGGAAGGGCAAAACGCGAGCCUCCAGCGUGGUAGUGAUGGGAGGUUCAGUCUUCAGCAACAGGACUUACGAGCUUCACUCUGAUCGCGUCUUUUACCACGAGAAGUUCAAGACCCCCACUCAGGGAGAUGACAUCGCUCUCAUACGUUUGUCAGAGGAAAUAGACCCCAAGCUGAAGCCCAUCUGUCUGGGGCGGGGCCGCGAUAUCCCGUACGGCGGCUUGGCUGUGGCUACCGGCUGGGGCAAGGUGACUGAGGAGGAGACAAUGACGAACACGCUGCAGGAGGUGGCCCUGGACGUGAUCUCCACCAAGAAGUGCACGUCACUGAUGGAGCAGCUACCCAGUGACACCAGCAAGAUCAUCUGCGCCUUGACUCCCAAAAAGGACACCUGUCAGGGUGACAGCGGCGGUCCCUUGUUGGUUCAGAGGUCAGACGGGCGCUGGGCACAGAUUGGCAUCACCAGCUACGGUGUCGGCUGCGGCCUCCCUAACAAACCCGGAGCGUAUGUGAACGUGGCCCACUACCUGCCCUGGAUCAAGAAGAAAAUCGGGGCCUGCACUUGCUGAUGUCUGGAACUCCUCGGCUUAUGACUACCAUAUACUCGUACCAAGUUUUCUUAUACCGCUUUCUCAAUUGACGCCUUCAGUGGACUUUUCACACAUUUGUUGUCCUUGGUCAGAGCUCUUCUAUAUUCCUGAACGUUUUGCUCUUUUAUCACGACUAUUUUCAGAGGUUACUGAUAUGACACUGGCUGGGUUCUCACGGGUAUUCUUUUUAUUGAUUGCGUAAAAACCUCGUUACUUUAUCAGAAUAUAAAAAACUUCCCUGAAAAUUGGUGUAACUUCAACUAGAGCCUUGUGAGAGUGGUCGAGAUGCGGUACCGAAGAGUUUCAGAAUAGCUAAGACUCGUACAAGUAACGCCCAUCUUUUCCACCAUUGUUUGCUCUCCUUCCCUUCUCCUGACUCCAACGGCCUGCCUCUCUAUGGACUCCCUUCGCCACAUAAUUACCUCUGUGCUGUUCGAAAUAUAGGCUAGUAUGUGUAAGAAAAUGAUAUACGUACGUAUGGUUUGUAAAGACCUCACUCACCUCCAUCAAUCAGCGAAGGUGAGACUGAUCAAGCCCGUAUUUACAGUUGACUUGCUCUCUAACCACAACAAUUCUCCAAGGCCACAGAGACGAUUAGCCGAGUUUUCAAGACAGUUUUUCCUUUUAAUAAAGUAGAAAUUUUGCCAAUCCAUCGCCAGAAUCAUAAAAACUCUCUUAAAAACACGAGUCUCUUCAGCUAGAGCCUUUGGGAAGCAGUGAUGGUGAGAGAGCAAAGAUUCAGAAUACGGACCUGACAGCAGCAGAUGAAGGGAAGCUGCUGUAGACUCACACACGAUAUGGUUUAUACUACACACUGGCUGCUUUUGUGAUGAGUUGUGUUUCAGUGUUCCCUGCUUCACGAGAUCGACUUGGCUAACUACGCAUCACAAACGGCUCAGGGCUAUAAUAAACUGUCAUUCAAGACCAUUUGUUUGGCUAAUACUUCCACAGUGUCGUCAUCACCACUUUGUGUUGAUGUGGUAUGCAACACUCGUCUCCUUCUGCAUAUGGGUUUCAGGGUUUGCAUCUUAAGAAACACCAGUAAUAUUCAACUCAUUUAAGAGAAGGGGAGGAAAGAGAACCAAAAGGAGAACAAUAGAGAGAAACAUCAGGGAACCGUUAUUGAAUUAAGACACUUGCCAUAAUAAACUGAACCACUGAAA